CGCGGAGUCUGGCGAGCUGAACUCAGUCGCGCUCUGCUACUGACGGUACCGGAGCAACUGCUAUAAACUGCCUUUAAAGUUAGACGUAACAUUACAAAUCUAACAUCAUUUGAUAUCAAUAUACAGAGAGUCGGUCAGUGUUGCUUUACUAAAGUAGAUUCAAUGGUUUUGCGUUCAUUUGGCAUCGUGGUAAGUUUGCGCACGCUGACUGAAACGCGUAUGGGUAGUUUACUGUGGGGAAAAAGGAUGAUACACAUUGGGAAGUUGUGGAUAUAAACGGAAAGAGGAAUCCUGUACAAAGCUCAUCGCUACUAUCCUAUGGCUUGAAGUUUCAGGCAUCUUCUCCGGCCACACAGCUAAUGGAUUUCCUCACGGGGUAUCCCUACAAUGACUCCUAUUUUGACAACGGGACGGGGAUCCUCAACAGCACGAGCUGUGAGGCCAAGCAUCAGUAUAACUACUAUGCCAUGCUCCUGACUCUUCUCAUCUUCGUCAUUGUGUUCGGCAAUGUGUUGGUCUGUAUGGCCGUGUCCCGAGAGAAAGCUCUCCAGACCACCACUAAUUACCUCAUUGUCAGCCUGGCGGUGGCGGAUCUUCUCGUGGCCACAUUAGUCAUGCCCUGGGUAGUUUAUCUUGAGGUGGUGGGUGAGUGGCGCUUUAGCAAAAUCCAUUGUGACAUCUUUGUCACUUUGGAUGUCAUGAUGUGCACGGCCAGCAUUCUUAAUCUGUGUGCCAUCAGUAUUGACAGGUACACAGCUGUUGCCAUGCCGAUGUUGUACAACACGCGCUACAGCUCCAAAAGACGAGUUACUGUAAUGAUCUCGGUGGUGUGGGUGCUUUCUUUCGCCAUUUCCUGUCCCCUGCUGUUUGGCUUAAAUAACACAGCUACACGCGACGAAUCCGUGUGCGAGAUCGCCAACCCCGCCUUCGUCGUGUACUCUUCCAUCAUGUCUUUCUAUGUGCCCUUCAUCAUCACGCUCCUGGUCUACGUACAGAUCUACGUUGUUCUCCGCAAGCGCCGUAAACGGGUCAACACUAAACGCAGCUGCCAGAAGACAGACGCAGAGGCUCAUCUCUCUCUCAAGGAGAAAUGCACUCAUCCCGAAGAUGUGAAAUUGUGCACGGUUAUCAUAAAGACCAAUGGGGGUUUACCUGCACAGAACAAGAAAGCCGAAGUAUUUCACCAGGGUGGUGAUGUGGGGGUGGACGUUGUGACGAGCAUCAGUCCUCCAGAGAAAAAGAAGCUGCAAACCACUUUGGUGGUCGAUCUGCUUGCCAACCCGAGCCCCAGCCAUGCCUCGCCCUCCCACGGCGAAUGUCAGCCAUAUGUAGAGGAGAAAAACGGGCACGCCAAGGAGGUCCAGACCCCAAAAGAAUUAAAGCCUGUUGAAACUGAGGCACUGCCCAAUGGCAAAACCCGAACCGCAUUGACACCCCAAACAAUGAGCAAGAGGAAGAUGUCCCAGCAUAAAGAAAAGAAAGCCACACAGAUGCUGGCUAUUGUCCUGGGUGUUUUUAUUAUUUGCUGGCUGCCGUUUUUUAUUACUCAUAUUUUAAAGACUCACUGCCCGAGCUGCGUGGUGCCGCUGGAGAUGUACAACGCCUUCACUUGGCUUGGAUAUGUGAACAGCGCAGUCAACCCCAUCAUAUAUACCACUUUCAAUGUGGAGUUCAGAAAGGCUUUCAUAAAGAUAUUGCACUGCUGAGGAUAUCAUUCACUGCACGAAUAGAGGAGAUGGCGGAUAUCCAUACAGAGGAGGUUAGUGCCAUCAUUCAGCGAUGUGUGAAAUGAAGGAUUCAGAGAGCCGCCCGCGCUUUUAGGACCGAAGAACUUAUUAAAGAAAUUGGAGCUUUCAGUGCAGGUCCAAAUGAAUGUAAAAGUAGAGAUUUAUUUGUACGUUUCCAUCAUUUCAGUCUCCAAACCCCCUCAAGCUAAGCUGGGAAGGGAGUGAAGUGUGCUGUAUGUGUGAACGUAUGUGUAUUCUCUCUGGAGUUUUGGUGUGAAUGUGCUAAACUGUACAAUGAAGCUGCAAGGAAUGAGAUCUUUAUGCAAGCAAGGUCUUGAAUGUCAUUUCGAAGUAAAUGAAUGGCUCCAAAAUGCUCAGUAUUUAAUUUAUUUCUUUAUUUACUUGUAAAUGAAUAUAGGUAAAGAAGGUGAAUAUACUAUUUAUGAUUUUAUAAAGACAAAACGUGAAAUGAAUGCCUAUGCCGACAAUGAAGGACAAUGGAAAUAAGAAUUACUUUUAUUGAAGCCCAUGACAAAAAUGAUCAUGCAUGUUAUAUUGGUAUGUCAAAUUAAACCGCAGCCAACGUAUGUCUUCUGUAUUUUUGUGUACGUCAGGGUACGCAAAACGAUCUGCGCUUUAUAUAAAGUUGUGUCUGUGUA